UGUAACACUUUUAUCAAAAAACGUUGUUAGAAGAUACUAUUUCUGAUAAUCUUUCUUCUUCUUUUAAAAUAGAUACAUAAUGAAAAAAAUUGAUAUAAAGAUGACGUGGUGAGCAUUUUUAGGUCAGAAUGCUCUUUAGAACCGCUGGCAGGGGAAAGUGCUCACGUCUGCUCGCGUUUUACAAAAACUAUCUUUUUUUUCGAAAUGCGCUCUUCAUAGCACAAUCGCAAAUACAGUUUACGCUUAUUUACGUCGCCUUGUGUGUAGCAAUGAUUUCCUUCGGUUUUAUGCUAAUGUUGCAUAAACAGUCUUAAUUAAAAUGUUAAAUCAAAAAUUAAAAUGGUGAUGUUUGACGAACAUCGCACUUCUGUACUAUUUUUGAUAAUUCUCUUUGAACAAAUCCUCUGUUCUGGUCUUGGGAAAUGUCCGAAAUUAGAAUACAUGAACAACUUUAACGUGAGCAGGUUUACAGGCCGUUGGUACGAAAUUGAGCGUUCUUUUUAUCUUAUGCAAUUGGUUUCGAGUUGUGUAAGUGUCGAUUUGACGCAGAAUUCGAAAGGUCAACUCCAAGUUGAUGUCCAGACGAAAAGUAGAUGGUCUGGGAGUCUCACGGUGAGUGAAGGAGUUGCGUCGCCUUCCAAACGCCAUCCAAGCGUUUUAGUUUACAAAGCUGUAACGAAAUUACCGAGAGUUGUGGGUCGGUAUUUGCCAGGAGCUGGAGUUUAUCAAGUUAUAGAAACAGAUUAUGACAAUUAUGCGAUUUUGUGGUCGUGUACCAACUAUGGGUUGGCUCAUACUGAUUUGAUUUGGUUGUGGGGGCGACAGACUGAAAUAAAUGCCAAAACUAGGGCACAUGUCUAUAUGGUUUUGGACGAUUUGCGUCUAGAUUCUGAAAGACUAAUUUUACCGAAAAAUGGCAAUUGUAGUGACAAUGAAAAAUAAACUGUUUGGUUGAAA